AUGUCUGUGAUUCUCUGUACAGCCGGUUAUGAUCACACGAUCAGGUUCUGGGAGGCUCUCUCCGGAAUCUGCUCGCGUACGAUCCAACACCCCGACUCGCAAGUGAACCGUCUCUGCAUCUCUCCCGACAAGCGCUUUCUCGCUGCCGCCGGACACCAUACCGUCAAGCUCUACGAUAUCAAGUCGACCAAUCCCAACCCGCUGCUGACUUUCGAGGGCCACACUGGUAAUAUUACCGGGGUUGCAUUUCAUUGCGAGGGAAAGUGGAUGGUGACAUCAUCCGAGGAUGGCACCGUCAAGAUCUGGGAAACUCGAUCUGGUACCAUUCAGCGGAGCUAUAACCAUGGCAGUCCGGUCAACGAUGUCGUGAUCCACCCCAACCAAGGCGAGAUCAUAAGUUGCGAUCGCAGUGGCAGCGUCAGAAUUUGGGAUCUGGCUGAGAACAACUGCAGUCACCAGCUGAUCCCCGAGGAGGAUGUGAGUGUGAGCAGUGUUACUGUUGCCAGCGACGGUAGCCUACUUUGCGCUGCCAAUAAUGCUGGCAACGUUUUUGUCUGGGCAUUGAUUCAGAAUUAUGAGCACACUUCAUUGCUUCCCGUGACACACUUUUCAGCACACAAGGAAUACAUCACCCGGAUUCUCCUCUCUCCUGAUGUCAAGAAGCUGGCCACCUGCUCGGCCGAUCAUACUGCCAAGAUUUGGGAGGUCAUUGAUGUUGACCCUACUCAGCAAGUGCCGCUGCCCAUCAGCAAUGGAACCUCGACCAAUGGCAUGCACAGCGUCUUGAAUGGCGCUGCCUUCCCGGCCCCGUCACCCCUCACACCCGACGACGAACAGGACCCCAACAACCCAUCGAACCAGCGCAAGCCGAAACCUUACCCUCUGGAGGCUACCCUCCAGGGGCACCAACGCUGGGUCUGGGACUGCGCCUUCUCAGCGGACUCGGCGUACUUAGUUACUGCUUGCAGCGAUCAUUACGCUCGUCUCUGGGAGCUUCAUAGCCAACAGGUCAUCCGACAGUACAACGGUCACCAUCGUGGUGCAGACAGCGACAAAGAACGGUCUCGUGCGGCAAUGCCGAAUCAAAUCGUUACGGUGCAGCCUGGCAGGACACCAGUGCCAGCUUUCACCGGUCUUACACAGCCAGUUCAAGACUCGGGCAUCUCUGGACUGGGACAAUCUUUUGUGGUUGUUUCUGGAAGCAAUCUUGCUGCGGACCACACUCCAUAUGUUCCUAUUCCUGGCUUUACCAGUGCAAGUCUGGACAGCCAAGCUGUGGCAUCUUCAUCAGAUGAAGAAGAUGAAUAG